UUGGGGGCUGAUCCCAAGUAGCUUUUCGGCAGCAGCUUUUAAUGUCCCGCAACGCGAAAGCCCCGGAAAUGGAAUCGUGGUGUUUGGUGUCUGCUCUGCUCUCCACUGGCAUUACUGCGAUUGAGGGGGUCGCCGAUGGACGGCGCACUGCAGUACUGCCGUAAAUUGUGAUAAUUGAUUUCAAUUUGUUCCACAUGCCGGCUGAGUGGAGAGCCCUUCGCCAACGAUGUUUAAAUCAAAGAAGAGUAACUGCGCGAGUCGCAUGGUCGCGGAUUCCACUACCUUUGGAAUGGAGGGUCGAGAUGUGACCAGAACGACGAUGAUUUGUCGAGCCUGUUUGGUGCUCCUGGGACCCCAGGAUGCCUCCUACAAUCUGGACAGCGAACAGGACUUGGCAAGAAAGUAUUACGGCUGCACUGGGGGCGAUCCGGAAAAGAAGUUCCGCCUGCAGGAUGAGGAUUUGCCACCCCAGUUGGUCCUCAAAAGCAUCUGCGAAUGCUGCUACCAACUGGUGCAAAAGUUUCACGACUUUCAACGCAUGUGCGAAGAGUCCUCGCGCAAUUUUGAGAAGCUGCUACUAGACAUCGACUUUGAAUGCCUCAGGCAGCGGAAUGAUGCCAUCAAUAUACCUGACUUGGAUACCCCCUCGGAAAGUAACGAAUCCACUAGCAAUCAGGAAGCCCAAAUGAACACAGCCUGCAUCGAAUCGAAUGAGGAGAUUGAGGAAGUGUUAAUAAUUGAAGACGAGACUGCCAAGCAGGAUCUUGGAAAAGAGAAAAUACCCACUUCGUCCUUUAGAAAUGUUACAGGGGAAAGGAAGCGAAGAGUGAGACACACCCUAGAGUGCAAUAUAUGCCACCGUGGCUUCUACAAAUCGUCGCUGCUGAAGGCUCAUAUGAUGCAGCAUGAGGGUUUAAAACCGUAUACCUGCGUCCUUUGCGGCAAGAGUUAUGCGAGGGCCAAUCUGCUAGACGCUCACCUGCGGGAGAUGCAUCACAAUACCUUCGAGAGGGUAAACUAUCCCUGCCCAACCUGCCAUAAAGUGUACACAGCCGACCGAAGUCUCAAAUAUCACUUAAAAAGGGCACACCAAAGGAAUCAAAAAAUAGAAUCUCCCGGUUCCAUGCACAUUUGUGAAGAGUGCGGAAAAUCAUUUGUGCGAAAGGCUCUCCUUACCCGCCACAAAAGGAUCCAUGCUAAAAUGGAGGAUCGAAGAUACACCUGCGAGAUCUGUGACCAAAGGUUCUACACCAAGGAGAACAUGGUGGAUCACCUGCAGCGCAAGCACGGAAAUAAGAAUCUACUCAGAUGCCGACGGUGCGGACGUAUAUUCAGGACCAGAUUAUCCUUAUCCACACACCUAAAAAAGCACGAGGAUUUUGUAGUUCAAUAAUUAGUUUUAUUUGUGGUUUCAAUAACAUCAAGCUAACUCAACUGUUACAAUGAUUCGAAUUACUUGGAAUUUAAUACACCAGUAGUAGUUUGGGAGAAUGCCGCAUGAAUGGAAAUACUAAGACGAGUGGUUGGUUCGGUGAGGCUACUCUAAAAUUAGCUAACAUUCACAUAAUGGCCGGCGCAGCACAGUCGCUU